ACAAACACGGAAAUCAAGAAGGUGAACGUCAGCGUUGCAUGAGUGCAGGAUUUAUAGGUUUUGUAAAUAUAAUUAUAUUCGCUUGAUAGCACAGGUGCCUGCACAGAAGCACAGCUCAUUUUUUGCUUUUUUAGUCUAUGGAUUUUCUGCAACUGCUAUCAUGUGCGUGCAUCAUAUUCACCGUCGGGAUGUUCACGUCGGGAUUGACAGACUUGAAGAAAAUGAAGGCCACACAGAGUGCAGAUAACGUUCAGUUUCUGCCCUUCCUCACCACAUGCUUGAAUAAUCUAGGAUGGCUGUACUAUGGAUUAUUAAAGGGAGAUGGAACGGUCAUAUCUGUAAACAUCAUUGGGGCCUUUUUACAGACUUUAUACAUCAUCACCUACUGUCAUUAUACCAAAGAUAAGAGGCGAGUGUUCUCACAGACAGUGGCGAUGGUGAUUGUGUUGUGUGUAGGCUGGGUGUAUUUUUCUAUGGUGAUUCCUCCUGGAGAAUCUCAGCUCUCUCAGCUGGGCCUCGCCUGCAGUGUGUUUACCAUCAGUAUGUACCUCUCUCCGCUUGCUGAUCUUCUGGAUAUCAUGCGAAGUAAGUCUGUGGAGCGCUUGUCUUUUUCCCUGACCGUCGCUACAUUUUUCACAUCCACGUCAUGGACGCUGUAUGGCCUUCAACUGAAUGACUAUUAUAUCAUGGUGCCCAACACACCUGGUAUCUUCACUAGCCUCAUUCGCUUCGUCCUCUUCUGGUGGUUUGGAGCUGUCAUUCCAAACAAGCCCUCCUAUAAACUGAUCCAGAUCUGAGAGAGGGUUUCGAUUGAAUGUGAUUGAGUCUAAUUAAUUGCCUUCUCUACUUUCCUUUACCCAAGCCAGAAGAGAUUCUGGUGUCCUUCGCAUCAGACUUUCUGAACUUAAACCUCUAGUGAAACUGCCACUUUAAAUUCUGCAAAGACAGACCAUUUUUUACUUCAUCUUUGUCUUGAGUUAAAGCGAUAGUUCACCCAAAAAUAAAAAUCCUGUCAUCAUUUACUCAUCAUGAUGUUGUUACAAAUUUGUGUGACUUACUUUCGUGGAAAACAUAUAAGUCAAUGGUAUGUCAGCGUUAACCAAAACUGCUCAGCUGCCGACAUUCUUCAAAAUAUCUUCUUUUUGGUUCCACAGAAGAAAGUCAUACAGGUUUGGAAUGACAUGGGGGUGAGUAAAUGAUGACAGAAUUGUCAUUUUUAGAUAAACAAUUCAUUUAAUAGUUAUUUCCUCAAUUUACUCAUGUUGUCCCAAACCUGUAUGACAUGUUUUCUGCUCACAAACAGACUUUUUAUCCAUGGAAUUACAAAGUAUUGAAACAGGAGCUAUCAUACAAUAUGUUCCAAGUUUUCCGAAGCCGCAAGUUAAGAUUUGUGUGACGAACAAACUAUUUUAUUAAGUGGAAAUCUUAAUCUUGACACUUCUUGGCACUUGUUUCAUAAACAGAUUGUUCCUUUGAGUAAUGUUCUAAUGAAUCUCAUAAUUCAGCUGAAUAACUCAUGCUCAAA